AUGGAAAACAUCUUCAGUGAUGACGACGAUGAGUAUGAAGCUUUCCGAGAUCAAUUAUAUGAAUUUAAAGCAGAAGAGACCGUGAAACUGGUUCCACUGUUCGGAUUGUAUACUCUUGUCAAAACAACCGACAAAGAAAAGCCUCGAGAAGACUUGUUUUUGAGAGGGUUAGAACCACCGUCCAACGACUUGGAUCCAUACAAAGAUGGGCAUUUUGAGCACAAAAAAGUAGAGCUUGUGAAACCAGCAUUCUGCGAUAAUUUUUCGUUUUUCGGAAUGAAACAAAACAAGGUCAAGAUGGAGGCAUCUACAGCGACAAAAGAAGAUCAUAUUGCGGAAAGACAGAAGCUGCUAGAGAAAAUGAAGAAUCUAGAAAAAGAAGAUAUCGAUGAGCAAGACGGGGAACCCAAGCCAAUAACCCCAACACGAAGACCAAUGCAACCUCGAAACUCGAAUGUAGAUACACCUAUUCCUGCCCAGCGGAAAAGAAAACGUAGACUCGUUCUGAGCAGUGAUGAUGAGUCGGAUGAAGAAUAUUCUGGUAAAAUUGAAACUGACAUCAAUGGAAGAUCUCCAAGAAGAAAACGAAUCUCUCCUCCUAAAGACUAA